UAAAUAGUGCACAUAAUUUAGUGUUUAUCAUUCGAGUGUGUACAGGUGUACAAAAAUGCCGAGGACAAAGCGUCCUGUGAAGAAAACUGAAAAGGCGAGUGAAAGUGGUGAAGCUAGUGAAUUUUUGAAGAAAUUGAGCAAAACAGCUGAAGAACAAAAGAAACGCAUAGAUGAGCGAGUGCAGAUGGAAGUGCGGAACUUGGAGCUUGCCUUCAAGAUUUUAGUUGGCUCCAUAAGUAAGGAGCACUUGAACAUGACAGUCGGGCAAUUGAAAAAUGAACUGUAUCUCAAAGAAGUAACCAACACAAGAAGGAGUCGGAAUUUAACACGCUCAGCAUCAGACGAUGAACCACAGAAGAAAAAAGAACACUGGAAUUGUAUAAAACUAUGUUUCGUCCGCAGCAUGCAACCCGACGAACUGGCGAACUGCAACAUCAUGUUGUGCGACGGUACCAUGCUGUCUUUGCAGCCCAGGCCGCUGCGUCAGUCCCAGGCCUUCAUCCCCUUCUCGCUCAUGGAGACCACCGUGCUCACGCAGCUCAAGACGCUCAAGGAUAACUUGGACAAGGUCGUCCAACUUGGAGAGAAGGCUCUCAAAUAGUUGAUAUACAUAAUGGUAACCACUUUCCUCGUUGUCCUACUGGAGAAAAUGAACAGUGGUGUUGUAGGGAAUCGGAAUCGCUGUUGCCAAAGGUACAGCCACCUUAUAAAUCAUUUGAUCGGUCAAAGUAAUAUAUCCUACGCAAUCAUAGUGUAGUAAGUUUUUCCUGACGUUCAGAGUUCUCAAAAUAUCUGCAUAUUUUCGCAUUAAAUUUAACAAUUUCCAUCUUAAUGCACCUUAAAGUUAAUAUUUGAGAAAUGUGCAGAGUUUGAGCACUAAUAAUUGACCACUACACUUAGUGGCGGAUUUGCAGUCCUGGCCGCCCUAGGCCCCAGGCCAUGUAGUCAGUACCAGCAUCCGUUUAGUAGUUUCUGAGUUUACAGACAGACAGACGUAGUCGUGUAGUGAUUGUACAUUAUAGAUAUGUAACAUAUCUAUAUUUUAUAUAUAAAAUGUACGAAAGUAAUUUAGGAAGAUUAUUAUUAUACGAUGCGGUGCAGUGCUAUAAUGUGCGCAAGCCUUUAGAAUAUUUAUGAGCUGUUUUUUGUUAUGAUCAGUGAAUUUUUUGUCACGAUUGGCCGCCCUAGGCCUACUUGGCCUUAGGACAAAUCCGCCACUGAUUACACUUUGCAUUUGUAGAUAUUAUUGAUUAGUUUUUUCCGUUAUAGGUAGGUCAUUGCGGGAACAUAUUAAUAGUAAUGUCAUAGGGAUUCUUUGUUGCCCAAUGUACUACGGGACAAUCGCAAUCCCGCCGGGUACCACAAAGAAUAGCCGUUACUACUAUAAGUCAUCACCAGUGGUAACAGGGUGAAAAGAGGUAUUUAGUAAAACUAAUUGCGGGCUUAUUUAAUUAUACAUAUAAAAGGACAAUGGCAAAUUCCCAUAUAAAUUUUUGUUGACAUAAUUUGUAUGCGUCUGUUUAUGAAAAUA